GCAGAGCGAACCUCACACAGUGAUCCUCCUCUCCAGACAUGAGCAGCCCUGACUGUGGCUACGCCAGUGACGAGCAGAUCCAGGGCAAGAGCUCCGUGCUGCCAAUGAUGAUGCCCGGCCUGGGCCAGUGCCAGUGGACUGACACCAUGGAAGCCAAAGUCAAGUGUGAGCCGGGGACUGCCAACAACAGCAGCAGCAGCAGCAACAGGGGCAAAGCCGAGGCUCGGAUCCGACGUCCGAUGAAUGCCUUCAUGGUGUGGGCGAAGGAUGAGAGAAAGAGACUGGCCCAACAGAACCCGGACCUACACAAUGCCGAACUCAGCAAAAUGCUAGGGAAGGCCUGGAAGUCUCUGACCCUGGCAGAGAAGCGUCCUUUUGUGGAAGAAGCAGAGAGACUGAGGGUACAGCACAUGCAGGACCACCCUAAUUACAAGUACAGACCAAGGAGGAGGAAGCAGGUGAAGAGGAUGAAGAGGGCAGACAAUGGAUUCAUGCAUAUGUCAGAGCAGGCUGACCCAGUAGUCCUGAGUACUGAUGGGAGGAUGUGUGUGGACAGCUUUAAUCUGGGCUACCCUGAGCCUCCCUACCACCACCAUCACCACACUCAGAAUCCUCAGAGCAGUCACUACAGGGAGUCUCAGGUAAUGGGUGCCCAUUAUGAGAGCUACAACUUACCCACCCCUGAGACUUCUCCAUUGGACAUGGCAGAAAAUGACUCUGUGUUCUUCACCUCUUCAGUCCAGGAAGAAUGCCAGGUGAUGCCAUACAGCUAUAGUGCUGCGUACGCUUCCCACCAGCAAAGUUCUGCCAACAGCAUGCUUGCCAGGCAGAUGGCACAGACUGAGCAAAUGGGGCAAGGCAGCCCUGUGCAGAGCAUUAUGGGAUGCCAGAGCCCACCACAAAUGUAUUACAGCCAAAUGUACAUUCCCAGUACUGGAAGACAUCAUGCUGUGGCACAAAGUGGGCAGCCAUCUCCUCCACCAGAAUCCCAGCAGACCAGGGCAGAGCAGGUGCAACAGCCUGAACUGAUGGCAGAGGUGGACAGGACUGAGUUUGAGCAGUAUCUGAGUUAUGUACCAAAGACUGACCUAGGAGUGCAUUACCAUGGACAGGAGCAACCUGGCAUCAAUUCAGAGAAUGGCCUGAUAUCCUCUGUACUGUCUGAUGCCAGCACUGCUGUCUACUACUGCAAUUAUUCCAAUGUAUGAGAUACAUUCCACAUUCUCCUGCUGCAAUGGUGUCAUCACAAUGAUUUCCAACUGAGGAAUCAUAUGCCCUUCAAGUCGUUUCAGACUUUGGACUGUAUAGGAAAAAAAUAUAAAUGCUAUGUAGCAAUUAAUUUAUGUAAAUUAUUACAUAUGAACUGCUAUGUCUUUACCAAUAGAAUUCAUUGAGAUCAAAUUACAUUUGAUCUUCAGUCUUCAUUGAAUGCAAUGCAACCUAAGUUCAUUAUUGUGUACAUGUACACGGACCCUGUAUAAAGCAAUGAUUCUUUUUUUUUUAUAUAUAUAUA